AUGGGCUGGCUAUGGAGCGACAAGAAAGCUGACGCGCCGAAGGCAGCGCCGACCGAGACGCCGAUGGUCGACGAAGCUCCCACAGCGCAACCUGAGGCAGCACCUGCCCCGAUUCAGCAACAACUUUCGCUGGCUGAACGGCAAGAUGCGGAUCUGCAGCAGUUCAUGAAAGAGCUCGAGGCCGAGUUCGAAGGAGAACGACAGCAAAGAAUACAAUCAAGAACGUCAGGCGUUCUCAAACAUACCUCACCUCUUCCUGACGAUAUCUCCCCCGAUUCACUAUAUCCUUCCGAGAUCCACUGCAGAUCAGCAUUCGACUAUGCCAUGUUCUGCCAGAGCUUUGGUGGCCAGUUCGUCAACGUGUACCGCUAUGGCUCUUUCCGGUCGUGUUCGAACCACUGGAACGACUUCUGGCUGUGCAUGCGGGCAAGAAAUUACCCUGAGGCAGAGCGGAAGAGAGUCAUCAAAGAUCACUACCGGAAUAAGGCUGUCAAAUACAAAACCGGGCCAAGCAGUGAAGAUAUCUGGAAAGUAAGAACAGAGCCGGUCAAGGACGCCUUCCAGGAUAGCUUGGAAGAUCUCGAGGCAAAGAUUGAGAAAUGGAAGGAAGCCAACCCCGAUGCCACUGAUCCCUGGGCUGGUUCGAAUAGCUACACCUACCGCGUCGCCAAGGGUGCGAGCACCUCACCAGGACCCUGA